CCAGAAACAAUGUUGUUUCACAAGGUAACAGGUACUUGAUUUUGGUUCAUAAGGCCGAUUUUUGAUUUGUUGCAUCAUUAAUGUCUCUUUCCUGCUAAAAUUCACUAUUUUUAUCACGUGUUUCCCAAAAAAACUUUACAACAAUAAGUUAUACACCCCAUUAUAUUAUCAAAUUUCAUACCUCACCUUCCUCUAGGGAUGACAACAAAACCCGAACCCACGGGUACCCACCCGACCCAACCCGGUCAACGCGGGUAAAAUCCGUGUUGACGGGUUUUGGGCCGGGUUUGGGUUUAAACCCGUUCAAUAUUCAUCGGGUUGGGUUUGGGUUUAGGUAAACCCGACCCAUGGGUACCCGCCCACACCCAUAUAAUUAAUUUUCUCGAUAUAUUUAAUAUUCUAAACAACUUAUCUUAUUUAUUUUUGUGGAGACAUGUCUAAUUUUUUCUUUCUAAUUGUGUAGAAUGAAGUUGAUGUUAUCGAGUGGAGAGUGAAGAAACUUAAUUGAAAGGAAGAAGCUUUCAAUUAAUCAUGUUAUUUAUGGAUAAUUUGUUAUUUGCUUGAAUUUUCUAGAAUGGUAUUUUAUAUAUGGAUAAUUUGUAUUGAGAGAUUGAUAUUUGACUUUAAUUUUGAUAGGAACUUGUUAUUGUAAAUUUUUUAAGACAAAAACCUGUGGGUACCCAUGAACCCGCGGAUACCCAGGGGGUUGAGUUGGGUUUGAGUUUUUCAAACCCAGUGAAUUUUACCCCGAAUUUUUUUCACGGAUAAACCCAUGAAUUUGGAUUUGAAUUUGGCAAAACCCGACCCAACCCGACCCAUUGCCAUCCUACCUUCCUCCGGCCAACUGGCCGGGGCCCACACUAGUAUAUUAUAAUAUAACAAAGGAUCACAACUAAUCAAUUCAUCAUCAUACUCCAUACUUCAAUUUUGAACACCAACCCUCAACCACAAAUUGUGAACCCUAACCCUAAAUACUUAAUCCUAAAUUCUUCAAAUCAAACUAAAUCUUCAAUGACUUUUGUACAAAUUUAUGUGUUUUCUUGUUCAUCGUACCACAAGAAUACUAGAAAAUAAAAUAAAAUAAAUAAACCCAACUCUUAGAUCUGGGGCCACUUUAAGUGAAGGUCUAGAUUUUGUUAUGCAAGUUAUACACCAUCAGGUAGGGAUGGCAAUGGGGCGGGUUUGCUUAAACCAUCCCCAUACCCAUCUUCAAAUACCCAAACCCAUACCCGCCCCAUACCCAUGCGGGGGAAUGUUUUGCAAACCCAUCCCCAUACCCGUGGGUUUCGGGUACCCAUGGGUAAUACCCAUACCCGUACAUCCAACAUUAUUAUACCUAAAACUUACAAGAAAAGUUCUAAUUAUAAUUCUAAACGAACAUAUUAUAUCAUGAAGUCAAUAAAACACGGUCAUUUUUUUAAUAUGGUUCAAAGAUUAUGAUCCUAAAAUACCCAUUAAUACAUAAUAUAGAGUAUAAUAUUUUUCAAAUUAUUAUGUUCCAAAUCUGAUACAUCUAUUAAAUAAUAAUUAACUAACAUAAUCUUGUUGACAAGGGGGAAAGUGAAAGAGUGAAAUGAGAAUUGAGAGAAAUGAAUUAGAUUUUGAUUAAGGUGGUCAAUCAAUUGCAUUUCUACUAUUUAUUUUCUCAAGUUAUCCUCAUCAUCAUUGAUAGAUUAUAAUUUGAUGCACAUAUUUUUUUAUAUAUGAAGAAAUUAUCUUGGUGGGGCGGGUAUGGGGAUGGGUAUGGGGCGGGGGAGGCUAAAACCAUACCCGCCCCAUACCCAUCAAGCUUUUUGCGGGUUUUACCCAUACCCGCCCCAUACCCGGUCAAAGCGGGGAUUCCCCGUGUUGACUGGGUCGGGGGCGGUCGGAUACCCACGGCCAUGGAUUUGAUUGUCAUCCCUACCAUCAGGUUACUGAUCACUAUAUCCUGAACAUUAUCUCUGUACAUUUUCCCGCACACUUUAAAUAAAGGAGCUAGAUCUUAUUAUGCAAGUUAUACACCAUAAGUUUACGGAUCACUGUAUCCUCAACCCUGUGUGUUGUACAUUUUUCCCGCACACUUAAUCCAAUCACCUAUCAAAUGGCUAACCUUAAAACUUUCAUAAAUAGAUAGAAGCAAAGCAAAUCGAAACACAUAAAAUAAUUAAUAAUUUAAUUUUUAAAGAUCCACUAAUAUAGGCGAUAUUCCUAGUGUUAAGUGAAAUAUGCCAAUAUAUACCACUUAGCUAAAUUAAUUAGAUAUGAUCAAAAAUAUCAACGGGCGCUUGGAUAGAUCCAAUUUGAGCGACGUUCAAUUCUGUUCAAGUGAUAGAAUAGUUUGGUAAGGCGUCAUGACUCAUGACAACGUCAAGGUACUCUUGGAAUGCGGUAUGCGGAUCCUAUGAGGCUAUGACUAAGUGUCUACUUAAUUAUUUGACUAAGCCCCUUCUAAUUUAGAUACAUCAAUUUGACUGUUAAAAAAUGAAAAGGACUUUCUAAUUAGUGAUAGGGGUUAUUUUGGUAUUAUGAAAAAUUAUGAACUAUACAAACCGAACCUACAAACCAUACAAACAAUAAAAACUAGAAGGACAAACCAUAUAAACCAGAUUUUCCAACAAUACAAAUUAGACCGACGAACAAUACAAACCAUACAAAAUGGAAGAACAAUCAGGUUGACUUUGGAGACUCUGUCCCUAUAUAGAGGAGAUCCAUCCCAAAGUGAACCAGUUUUUUUUAGACAUACAAAUUUGGUGGACAAAAAUGAUAAACUAGAUCGAAAAACAAUACAAAAUGGAAAAACAACCACGUUGACUUUGAAGGCUCCGUCCCUAUAUAGAGGAGUUUCAUUCCAAAGGCAACCAAUUUAUUUUAGACAUACAAAUAUUACAAACAUGAUGGACAAAAAUGAUAAACUAGGCCGACAAACUAUACAAAUUACAUUUACAAACCAUAUAAAAUAGGAAAUAAACCGGUUGACUUUGGAGGCUCAGACUCUAUAUAGAGGAUUUUCGUACAAAAAUCAACGGGACUGUUUUUUAGUCAUAUAAACUUCACAAACAUUAUAGAGUAUCAUAAAUAAAUUAGGAUUAUGAUAGGGUGAUAACAACUCAUUUGUUAGCAUGAUGCUAACACUAACUCAAUGCAAUAUAAUUUAUUUUUUUGCUGAUUUUUAUGUUUAAGAGGGUGACCAUAUUUAAUGUCGAGUUUUAAAGGGAGACAUGCUUGUCAUUAUUGAAAGUUAUCGGGGAACACAUGUAGACCACAAGUAUCAUAAAGCAUAAUAGAAACUCAAAUAGAAAAAUACGACAAACCAAACUACAUAGUAUACUAGAAAGCUCAUAAUGUAGUUCAGAAGCUCACUACAUCACAAAACUCAUAAAAUAGAAUAGAACCUUGUAAAACUU